GAGUGAGUUAGUGAAGGGGGGCGGGAGAGAAGUUGGGUGUUGCCUCGUGUUGGCUACGUAUUCGGCAUAGCGGACCUCCUCUCCUCAUCACAAAGAGCCCGUCGUCUCGGAAAUCCGAGUCUGUCUGUCCCGCGCGCUUAACUUGGCCUCCACGCCGUACGGCUUCUCGCUCCUCUCUCGCCUGAUAUCUCCGUUUUGCGUCUGAAAAGGACCUCGAUCAAAGCCAACAUGGGUGUUGACGGUUGCACGAAAUGCAUCAAAUACAUUCUGUUCUUCUGCAAUUUCAUCUUCUGGUUGGCAGGGGGUGUGAUUCUGGGCGUGGCCCUGUGGCUUCGUCAUGACCGUACGACCAGCAGCCUCCUGGACCUCAACUACGAAGGAGAAGCUGCACCCAACACCUUCUAUAUCAGUGUGUACAUCCUGAUCGUGGUUGGAGCUGUGAUGAUGUUUGUUGGCUUCCUUGGUUGCUAUGGCGCCAUCCAGGAGUCCCAAUGUCUGCUGGGAACGUUCUUCGCCUGCCUGGUUCUUCUGUUCGCCUGUGAGGUCGCUGCUGGCAUUUGGGGGUUCAUGAAUAAAGACACGGUGGCGAGGGAGUUCAUUACCUUCUAUGACUCUGUGUAUGAGAAGGGCAUGGUGCAGGGAGUCCUGGAGGACAAGAAGCGCGCAGCCACCACCGUACUGAAGGCCAUCCACGAGACACUGGACUGCUGUGGGAAGGACAGCACCAUCAUCAAUCUCUUCUCUCAGCUGAGCACGGAUGUCUGCCCUGAUGGAACUACUGUCUUCAACCCCUCCAAGAACUGCCAUGAGAGGAUCCGGUCUCUGUUCGGUGAUAAGGUUCACCUGGUCGGCUUCGCUGCGCUGGGUGUCGCUGUCAUCAUGAUCUUCGAGAUGAUCUUCAGCAUGGUGCUGUGCUGCAGCAUCCGCAACAGCCCCGUCUACUAGACGCCAGAGGGGGAGGAGCCUCAAGGGGUCACGACCCCACGACCCCUCACCUUUCACCUCUGACCUCUAAACAUGCCCCGCCCCCUUUAAAAGAAGAAAGAUAAAAAAGUGUUUGUUUUCUUUCUCUCUUGCUCUCGUUUUUCUACUUCUUCUUCUUCUAUGCCUUCUGAUAUAGUUGCUUGUCCCAUGUAAUAACAGUCCGUUGGAGGGAACAGGACAUGAAGUUAAGUGGUUUUAUAACCUGUAACUGAAGUUAAGUGGUUUUAUAACAUGUCUGAAGUGUUAGAUCCAAAGUGAUGACCACCUGCCUCUCUCUUUCUCUCUGUCUUUCUCUCUGUCUUUCUCUCUGUCUUUCUCUCUCUCUCUCUCUCUCUCUCUCUCUCUCUCUCUCUCUCUCUCUCCCUCUCUCUCUCUUUCUAUCUCUCUCUCUGCUGUACUGUUCUAUCUGCUCUGAUGUAUAUUGAAGAGCUGUGGUGAACACUCAACAUUCGUAUGCACGAACACGCGCAGACACACACACACACACACACACACACACACACACACUCGAAAACACACACACAUACACUCAGGCUCACGCCUCUACCAGACCUAUUUAGCAUAGCUUCUCUCCUGACCUCCACAUGCUUCUUUGUGUUAGCCGUUAGCUAUGGCUCAUGUUGCUAUAGCGAUAGCUAUGUAACCGUUAGCUGUGGAUGGCAUUGCUAUGGCGAUAGCUAUGUAAGCGUUAGCUAUGGCAAUAGCUGUGUAAACGUUAGCUAUGGCUCUCGUUGCUAUAUGGUUGUGUUCUUUGUUUUGUUUUUUGCUAUUUUUUAACCACGUUACAUGUACAUGUUGAGGCUGUAUAUACGUAGGAGCGGUGCUGUCUGGCGUUAGAGCAUGGAUAUUGUGUUUCUCUCUCUCUCUCUCUCUCUCUCUCUCUCUCUCUCUCUCUCUCUCUCUCUCUCUCUCUCUCUCUCUCUCUCCCUCUCUCCGGGCCUGUGUCCACCGUGACUAGAUGACCACUAUUAUAAGCAGUGUUGUGUGUGCCGUGUUAGCGCAGGAGCUGCCAUCCUGGCGGCCAUUUUGGUCUCUGUGGUCUGAUGGACAUGGAGGUUGUUUUUGUAAACGUCUCCAGAACGUUCCCUCCAGAACAUUUGGAAAACGUCUGGAGAACACCUCUGCCUCUUCCUCUUCCUCCUCCUCCUCCUCCUCUGCAUCUGCAUCUGCCUCUCCUCUUCGAUUGCCCCUUUAACUGCACCAGUUAGAUCAGCUCCAGCCAUCACAUGACCAGCCAGCCAUCCAAUCGGCUGCUCCGACACUAAUGGUGUUGUUGCUGUCCAUAACCAACUGGCCAAUGGGACAUUUCGUAACUUGCCGGUGUACUGUAGGCAAGAGUAUUGUGGCCAAUCGGCAUCGCUGUUGCUGACCACUGUAACCAAUCAGCAGCAGCCUUAUUUACAGUGUUACUGCCCAUCAAUCAAAGCUCUACAAUAAGUGUUAAUGAUUAAAAAUGAGACACAGCUUACAGCAGGCAGAACUAGAAACCUACGGGAACGCGGAACUUCUGGGUCUACUGUAAAGUUCUAUCGGUGGAACCGGACCUAGAGCUCCAUGGUUCAGUUGUAGGGUUCCGCUGAGAAGGCCCAGUUGUAGGGUUCCUCUGCCGGAUGUUGUCUGCAGUCUUUCUCCUUAGGUGGUCACACGUCACUCGAUCACGAGGCUCGGUUGCCGUGACAUUCGUCACAAGACUGAUGUGAUAUUUGUCACACUGGGUCACAAGGGCUGCUGUGAUAUUUGUCACUGCGUCGUCCACAGUGUUUGGUCUGGUCCGGUCUGGAAUGGUCUGACUGACUCUCAUCUGAAUGUCUUAGGGUUUCCCCUCCUCUUAGCUUUGCCAGUGGUGUGCUGCUGCUCUAGCUAGCGGCUGCCCGUUUCCUGUCGACUGGACCUGUGUUUAGUUAGACGCUAGCUAGCUCCCAAAUGAAGUCCAUACAAGAAC